AUGUGGUACUACAUACCUUAUUCUAAUAACACCGAACUUAUUCUGCUAACACCCUUCGCACUGCGAAAACUACUAGGAAAACGACUUCCCACCCUUAACCGAACUUCAUCUACCAGAAAAAAGUCCCCACCUGGCCGCCUUCUUCCUCGGUUCCUCUCACUCCCCACGACCUUCUGCCGCCCCACCCCCACCACCACCACCUUCCUCCCGCCCCACCCCCGACCUCCACUGCCUUCUGCCGCCGGGGCCGCCAAGCGCCGUGCCGCCGUCCGACCCAGCCACCUCCAACACCUGGCGCAACCAGCGCCGCCGCUCAACCACCAGCAUCCGCGCGUGCCGCCGUCCACACCAACCUGCGCGCCGCCGCCGCUCUGUUCAUCACCACCCAAGGCGACCUGGCUACCUCCAACCGUCGCCGCCCUGCCGAAUCCGGUGAGAUCCGGCCGCUCGGGUGACCCGGCUACCUCCAACCGCCGCUGCCCUGCCGGAUCCGGCGAGAUCUGGCCGCCCCGCCAUGGCUCGCCCCCUACCCCGACGACCUCCUACUACGCGUGCAGCUCGUCCCCCGCGCGGCGUGCAGCUCUACUCUGCCUCGAUGGAACUGCGCCUCCACCUAGUGGUUGUUCAGUUUUGUUUCCACAUCAUGGCCACAAGUGCAGGUUCUCUCGGUUGCAGCUCGGUUGGGUCGUCGCUGAAGUAUGGAGGCACUUGAGAAGUUUAGAACCAUUAGCAACCAUAGAAUCUUCAGUUUUGCAGUAAAGUCUGUAGUGUAGUGCAGUUAACUACUGGGGAACAACACCGGCAAGGCGUGCAAAAAAAUAGGACGACAGGCAGCGACGUAGCCGUGCAGCUCGCUGGUCAUGGUGCGCGAUUCUGGCUGUGCCGACAAGCAGUACAUGGCCACGCCUGCGUCCUAGUGGUGUAGUCCAGUGUCCGCGGAACAUACAGCUCGCUAGCUCAUUGCACGCGGUUCCGGCGGCGCGGGAAAGCAGUACAAGGCCGCGCGCGUGUCUGAGUGGUGCAGCUCGGUGCUCUUGUCCGUGCAGUUUGCUGUUGUAUUCGACAACAAUGGCAACAAAAGCUUGGUCCCCGGUGAGCUCCUUGGACAUCUCCCUGUUUUGUUUCUUGCCUGAGUUAUCAUCUUCAGUUUUUUCAGAUUUGAUGCUCACAUACUCUGUUAACGCCAUCCAUCAUUUUUAUGCCUAUGUUUUCUGCGGCUAGACUAGGAACAUAUGGAACCGAUUGCGUCUGGCUGAUAGAAAAGAGGUAAAAUACAAGGAGUUCUUCAGACUGGGUAGUGUUGUCACCUCAGAAGGGGAUGGGAGUUCAGACUAAACAUGAACACGAUAGGUAGUUGCUCAGUUUCGGAUAUUGGAUUCAGUUACAGCCACAUCAACGAUUCAAAUAAAUUCUCACAAAAGAUGUGGAACCCAAGCCUGUAUAAAGGUUACGUGCAUGCAUUGCUAGGCUGCUAGCCCCUUGGACUUGUGAAGCAUGGGCCAACUUGUUCGUGGCUAAACUACACUCUUUUGUUUUGUUUAGACUAAGCACACUCUUACAUAAUCUGUAUUAUCAGCCCCACGUCAAGCGCACACACUCUUUUGUUUUCUUUUACUGAUAUUUUGUUUGUGCAAUUCUUGGAAGGGAAGGCAUCAAACAGGGGCGUUCGACGGCGACCUGCUCCCGGCCGACUGCAAGGACAAAGGCCGUGUGGCCUCGCGGGUGCAGUUCGCUCCACUUCUCGAUGGGGUUCGCUAGCCCCGGUGCUGCAGUGCGCCUCGAGGUUUUCUUCUCCUUGGGUGCGUGAAGGUUUGUCCGUCGUGCGGGCGUGAACAUGCAGUUCACCGGGGACGUACAGAAGAAAGAAAAUCAUUUUAUUUAUUUUCACUUUUUUCUUGAAUGUGCGAGAAAAAAUGUAAAGGUAUGUAAAAUUGAUACAGUCCGUUGGUGCACUCCUUGCGGCUCACGUGGCUCGUGUUUGAAGUUUUUUGUUGUAUUUUA